AAGCCCCCCAUACAGUGCUGUACAAAGAGGUAGUGGAUACAGUGCUGGGCAACACAGGGAGCAGCAAAUCUGGAGUAAAUAGUGCUAGCCACAGAAUAUCCUAAUUCCUGACCACAACCCCCAGAGUCUGUUCUCAGGCUGCCUGAUUGGCUUAAUGAUGACAAACCGGAAUCAGAUGACCGAGAGGAUCCUGGAUCUGACCCUGGAGGUCAACUACCUGCUGACUGGAGAGGAUUACAUCGUUAUGAAGAGAUCUGGUGAGUCCAUAAUACAGGGCAGAAUCCCUCGUGCGUCCGAUGGAUCCAGCAGGACCCAGAGCCCCAGCACGGUGCCUCUACCUCACUCACUGAUACAUGAGAGGAACAAUGAGCAGAAGGUCCUGAAACUGACCAAUCAGAUCAUCCACCUGCUGACUGGAGAGGUGUGGAAGUAUUUAGAAGGACACAGGGAACCUUACAAUGACUUAAUGAUGGACACUCACCAGCCUCUCGGCUCACUGGCAGAUGGCUCUCUAAACACAAGUGAAGCGGAUGAUUUACCCAUCCAUGUUCUGUCAGCGAAUCGUGUGACUGAAGGUAGAGUCGCAGAUGAUCAGGGAGGAAAUUCUGUGACAUUUAAUGAACUAAGUAAGAGACCAAGUGAAUCUGUGAUAUCUGAAACAGCUUUAUAUGAAGAAAGAAAUCUACCAGAUGGAGAGAUUUACUCACUGAAAGAAUGUUCACAAACAAAAUCCACAGUACACACGGAAUAUCCAUCUACUCAUAUUAAGGAGGAACCAACCUCAUGUGAAGAAGGGAAUCUCACACACACUGACAUGUGUACACCCACCGAACAGACACAGUAUCCAUCUACUCAUAUUAAGGAGGAACCAGUCUCAUGUGAAGAGGAAAACCUCACAGACAAUGACAUGUAUACACCCACAGAACAGACAGAAUAUCCAUCUUCUAAUAUUAAUGAUGAUCCAAUCUCAUGUGAAGAAGGGAAUCUCACAGACACUGACAUGUAUACACCCAGAGAACAGACAGAAUAUCCAUCUACUCAUAUUAAUGAUGAUCCAGUCUCAUGUGAAGAAGGGAAUCUCACAAACGCUGAAAUUUCUACACUCAUAGAACAUAUACAUUAUCAAUCCACACCUAUUAAGGAGGAACCAGCCUUAUGUGACAAAGGGAAUCUCACAGACACUAGCCUUAUUACACACGGAGAACAGACAGAAUAUCCAUCUUCUCAUCUUAAGGGGGAUCCAGUCUCAUGUAAUAAAAGGAAUCUCAUAGAAGCUGACAUUUAUACACCUGCAGAACAUACACAGUAUCUAUCGACACAUAUGAAGGAGGAACCAGCCUUGUGUGAAGAAGGAAAUCUCACACACACUGACAUUAUUAGACUCACAGAACAUACACAAUAUUCAUCUACACAAAUUCAGGAUGAGCUAGCUGUAUGUGAGGAAGGGAAUCUCACACACACUGACAUGUGUUCCCAUACAGAACAUAUAUGUUAUCCAUCCACACAUAUUAAGGAAGAACCAGCCCUAUGUGACGAAGGAAGCGUCACAGUCACUGACAUUUAUACACCCACAGAACUUACACAGACAGAAUGUCCAUUUACUCCUGUUACGGAGGAUUCAGCCUUGUGUGAAGAAGGAAGUCUCGGUGAUGUGGACAUUCAAAUCUCUCCUUGUGAUCCUGUGAGACAAUACAAAAUGGAUCCCAAUAACUUUGAUGGUCAUACAAUUUCACCCACAAAUUUAAAUCAAAUAAAAUAUCAAAGAUUCCGUAAAGGAAAGAAAGUGACUUGUUCUGAAUGCGGGGAAACAUUCACCUGUAAAACAAACUUCAUGGGACAUCAGUGCUUUCAAUCAAAAUCACACAUUAUUGGAUUUUACAAUACUCGCGAAGCAUCUAAAUCAUGUUCCCUUAUCGAACAUGAAAAACAGAUUCAGGCAAAAUCUCUUCCCAAACAACAUAUCGUUCACAGUGGAGAAAAGAAAAAACUAAAACAUUCUUGUUCUGAAUGUGACAAAUGCUUUAAAACCAUUUCAGCUCUUAUACUUCAUUUGAGGAGCCACACAGGAGAAAAACCAUAUUCAUGUUCUGAAUGUGGGAAAUGUUUCAAUCAUAAAUCAAAGCUUAUUGCCCAUGAACAGAUUCAUAGUAAGGAGAAUCCUUUCUCCUGCUCUGAGUGUGGGAAAUGUUUCAGACAGAAAAAAUCUGUUAUUGCGCAUCAACUGAUUCAUAGUGGAGAGAAACCUUUCUCAUGCUCUGAGUGUGGGAAAUGUUUUAAUCUGAAAGGCAACUUAAAUAAACAUCUCAUGAUUCACACAGGAGAGAAACCAUUUUCAUGUUCUGAAUGUGGGAAAUGUUUCAGUCGUAAAAACAAACGUGAUAGCCACAUGAGGAAUCACACCGUAGAGAAACCAUAUUCAUGUUCUGAAUGUGGUAAAUGUUUCACUCAAGAAAGCAACUUUUAUACACAUCUCAGGAUUCACACAGGAGAAAAACCAUAUUCGUGUUCUGAAUGUGGGAAACGUUUCAAUCAUAAAUCAAAGCUUAUUGCCCAUGAACAGAUUCAUAGUAAGGAGAAUCCUUUCUCCUGCUCUGAGUGUGGGAAAUGUUUCAGACAGAAAAAAUCAGUUAUUGCGCAUCAAUGGAUUCAUAGUGGAGAGAAACCUUUCUCCUGCUCUGAGUGUGGGAAAUGUUUUAAUCUGAAAGGCAACUUAAAUAAACAUCUCAUGAUUCACACAGGAGAGAAACCAUUUUCAUGUUCUGAAUGUGGGAAAUGUUUCAGUCAUAAAACCAAACGUGAUAGCCACAUGAGGAUUCACACAAUAGGGAAACCAUUUGCAUGUUCUGAAUGUGGGAAAUGUUUUUCUCGGAAAGGCUACCUUAAUUGUCACAAAAGAGUGCACAAUACCAAUAAAUCUAAAACAGAAAAGAGUUAAGGUGCUCACUAUAAUAAAUUAAAAAACUCAGCUGCUGUUAACCAAACAAAAGCAAGGAUUCCCACUACUUUGCAACUAUAUCUUGCAAACUAAAGAUUAAUAAGUACCUAACUUUAAAAGAUCUACGGAGUUACACGAAUGGCCUACAUACAUGAAUAAAUGUGUAUCUUGUCAUUAUUAUUAUUUAAAAAGCGCCAACAAAUACUGCAGCACUGUACACUGGGACAUACAUGUUACUUAAUACAAAUAAAAAAGAAAUACUAGUGUAAUAAUUCACACAAGUGAAUAUAUAAUGGAGCGUAGUAAAGCGGAAUCUAUAAUCUCCUCUCCAAAUAUCAGCUUGAUAUGUAAAGAUAAGAAAAGGAAUAUCCAAUGGUGUAGUUUAAAAGAAAUUGCCAGAGAGAUAAAAUAUUUUACUUGCACGACCUAGAGCAAGAACCUUAAAAGUACUCUAUAAAAUAUAUACAGAUAUAGUUUAUUUAUUUUGAAAAGGCCUUUGUCAAAAUGCAUCCGGUAAACCCUUAUCUGGACUUUUACAUUUUUGGACGUUUAUUAUUCACAGAAACACAAGCGAAGAAAGAAGGUUUUUCGUAACCAGAAUUAUUUGUGCUGGUACCAAGGUGCGAUCCAGGUUUAAUGAAGGACAGUCUUAGUACAGCAAACGUUUGGGGCUUUUACCCUUUAUCAAUGCAUUGUGUCAGAAGACCUGAUUAAUAAAGGGCACAAAAUGUUUGCUGUACUAAAACUAUCCUUCAUUAAACCUGGAUCGCACCUUGGUACCAGCACAAAU